CUGCAGUCCUGCUGCCCUCCCAACCCAAAUCCUUACACCAGUACACAUCCUGCAAUCAGCCAUGGCUACAGCUGAGCAGAGCAAGAAGCUGCGCAUCCUUCUGAUACCCUUCUUCGCCACCAGCCACAUCGGUCCGUACACCGACCUCGCCGUCCGCCUCGCAGCGGCCAGGCCGGGCUUCGUCGAGCCCGCCGUCGCCGUCACCCCGGCGAACGUCCCUGUGGUUCGGUCGCUCCUCGAGCGGCACGGCCCCGCGGCGUGCGGCCUGGUCGAGAUCGCGACGUACCUGUUCCCGCGCGUGGACGGCCUCGCUCCGGGCGUUGAGAACCUCUCCGCUGCCGGAGACGACGCGUGGCGCAUCGACGCCGCCGCAAUCGAUGAGGCGCUCACCCGGCCGGCGCAGGAGGCGCUUCUCAUGGAGCGGUGCCCCGACGCCGUCGUCACGGACUACCACUUCUUCUGGAACAGCAGCAUCGCCGCCGAGCUCGGCGUGCCGUGCGUCGCGUUCAGUGUCAUCGGUGCCUUCUCGUUGCUCGUCAUGCGCCUCCUCGGCGGUGCCGUCAGAGACGGCGGGUCCGAGUCCCAGGUGGUGGUCGUCCCCGGGUUACCGGAGCCCGAGAUACAGAUCCCUGUUGCCGAGCUGCCGGAGUUCUUGAGACGGCCGCCGGAGUCCGACGACAAGCGCAACCAGGGCCGGGCGGGGCUGUCCAGCUGCCUCGGCGUCGCCAUGAACACGUACCAGGACCUGGAGCAGCAGUACUGCGAGUUGUUCGUGCGCGUCGCAUCCUUGAAGCGUGGCUACUUCGUCGGCCCCGUCUCGUUGCCAUUGCCACCGGCCGCAGCAGGCACCGACGAGUCGCCGUGCAUCAGGUGGCUCGGCUCCAAGCUUAGCUGCUCGGUGGUGUACGUGUGCUUCGGCACCUUCGCUGUCAUCUCGGAGGACCAGCUCCCGGAGCUGGCGCUUGGGCUAGAAGCUUCCGGCAGGCCGUUUCUGUGGGUGGUGAGGGCCGAUGGGUGGACGCCGCCGGACGGGUGGGAGGAGCGCGUCGGGGAGAGGGGGAUGCUGGUCAGAGGGUGGGCGCCGCAGACGGCGAUACUGGCUCAUCCGGCGGUCGGCGCGUUCCUGACGCACUGCGGGUCGAGCUCGCUGCUGGAGGCGGCGGCGGCCGGCGUGCCGAUGCUGACGUGGCCGCUGGUGUUCGACCAGUUCAUCGAGGAGAGGCUGGUGACGGAGGUGCUGAGGAUCGGGGAGAGGGUGUGGAGCGGGCCGCGGAGCACGAGGUACGAGGAGAGAGAGGUCGUGCCGGCGGAGGCCGUGGCGCGGGCGGUGGCGAGGUUCCUGGAGCCCGGCGGUGCCGGGGAGGCGGCGAGGGGCAGGGCGCGGGAGCUCGCCGCAAAGGCCCACGCCGCCGUGGUGGAAGGCGGGUCGUCGUCCCGUGAUCUGCAUCGUCUCAUCGAUGACCUGAUCGAGGCCAGAGCGGCUGCCGGCCUGACGACCUCGCCGUCCGUUGCACCCGUGGAAACGAGCAACAAUACUGACGGCAAGUAGAGGUGGAAUUUCAGGGGAUGUCUCCGGCGAGCGGUGGCUGUUUGUCGUCGAUGAAGAGAGAAAAAAACAAAUUAGAACGGCCAUCGUCGACAUGUGCAAUGUGUUGCUUCUCAUGGGUGUAAUUUUGAACUUGAUUUGUGUUGUCUGCCAUUAUGCACUCAGUUGUCGUCAGUAGUGGUGACUGGUGAACCGGCGGUACUGAGGUGUCUGAUUUCAAGACACCAAAAUAUGAUCUGCAUU